UGAGGUUAAAUGACAAGGCUCGAACUGCAGUGCAUUGCGGGGACGGGCAGGAUAAGAAGGUAUAAUAACCGGAUAGGACCGGGGAAGGAAGGAAAGGGACAGUGCCACUUGGAUUCAAAGACAUCGAACCUCGCCUUAAUUUAGAUUCAGAAUGGGGAAUAGAGACGACGAGUAUGAUUACUUGUUUAAAGUGGUGUUGAUAGGAGACUCCGGUGUGGGGAAGAGUAACCUGUUGUCUCGUUUCACCCGGAAUGAGUUUAACCUGGAGAGUAAGAGCACCAUCGGGGUGGAGUUUGCCACCCGCAGUAUCCAGGUGGAUGGGAAGACCGUGAAGGCUCAGAUCUGGGACACAGCUGGCCAGGAGAGAUACCGGGCUAUUACAUCAGCGUAUUACCGUGGGGCAGUGGGGGCCUUGUUGGUCUAUGACAUCGCCAAGCACCUGACCUAUGAAAACGUGGAGCGUUGGCUGAAGGAGCUGAGAGACCAUGCAGACAGCAACAUCGUCAUUAUGCUGGUCGGCAACAAGAGUGACCUGCGCCACCUCAGGGCCGUGCCCACGGACGAGGCACGGACAUUCGCAGAGAAGAACGGUUUGUCUUUCCUGGAGACCUCAGCCCUGGACUCUACUAACGUGGAGACAUCCUUCCAGACCAUUCUGACUGAAAUCUAUCGCAUCGUGUCUCAGAAACAGAUGUCGGACCGACGAGACAACGACAUGUCGCCUAGCAACAACGUGGUCAACAUCCAGGUGCAGCCGACGGAGAACAAACCAAAGAUGCAGUGUUGUCAGAGUAUCUAACAGCCUCACCAGUAGCACCUGAUCCCCUCCCCUCCCCUAAAAGACUGCUUGGUCCUGUCUGACUGAGACACAGCUGCAUGGCCAGGCUCUAGACUGAGACACAGCUGCGUGGCCAGGCUCUAGACUGAGACACAGCUGCAUGGCCAGGCUCUAGACUCUAUGCUUCCAUGUAGAGGGUGAGGCUGUGUCCAGAUUCUCCACCCUUCCUCCCAAAGUGUGGCACACUCCAUGUCAUGGAUUUAAAGGCAUUAGAUUGUAAUCAUUGGCUGAAGGGAGUUUAUUUUCACCAUUGUUAAAUGUAUGAUGGGAAGUGUUCAAGUGAACACUUUGAGAAAAGUGGGUGGAUAAUUAGGGUGCAGCUGUGAGCCCGCUAGUUCCUUAAGGAUCCCCAGUCAGGACUAUACAGCUGUGUCUGAGCCCGCUGGUUCCUUAAAGAUCCCCAGUCAGGACUAUACAGCUGUGUCUAAUCCUGUUGGUUCUAUACAGCUGUGUCUGAGCCCGCUGCUUCCUUAAGGAUCCCCAGUCAGGACUAUAUAGCUGUGUCUGAGCCCGUUGGUUCCUUAAGGAUCCCCAGUCAGGACUAUACAGCUGUGUCUGAGCCCGUUGGUUCCUUAAGGAUCCCCAGUCAGGACUAUACAGCUGUGUCUGAGCCCGUUGGUUCCUUAAGGAUCCCCAGUCAGGACUAUACAGCUGUGUCUGAGCCCGUUGGUUCCUUAAGGAUCCCCAGUCAGGACUAUACAGCUGUGUCUGAGCCCGCUGGUUCCUUAAGGAUCCCCAGUCAGGACUAUACAGCUGUGUCUAAUCCUGUUGGUUCUAUACAGCUGUGUCUGAACCAGUUGGUUCCUUAAGGAUCCCCAGUCAGGACUAUACAGCUGUGUCUGAGCCCGUUGGUUCCUUCAGGAUCCCCAGUCAGGACUAUACAGCUGUGUCUGAUCCCGUUGGUUCCUUAAGGAUCCCCAGUCAGGACUAUAUAGCUGUGUCUGAGCCCGUUGGUUCCUUAAGGAUCCCCAGUCAGGACUAUACAGCGGUGUCUGAUCCCGUUGGUUCCUUAAGGAUCCCCAGUCAGGACUAUACAGCUGUGUCUGAGCCCGUUGGUUCCUUACGGAUCCCCAGUCAGGACUAUACAGCUGUGUCUGAUCCCGUUGGUUCCUUAAGGAUCCCCAGUCAGGACUAUACAGCUGUGUCUGAUCCCGUUGGUUCCUUAAGGAUCCCCAGUCAGGACUAUACAGCUGUGUCUGAGCCCGUUGGUUCCUUAAGGAUCCCCAGUCAGGACUAUACAGCUGUGUCUGAGCCCGUUGGUUCCUUAAGGAUCCCCAGUCAGGACUAUACAGCUGUGUCUGAGCCCGUUGGUUCCUUACGGAUCCCCAGUCAGGACUAUACAGCUGUGUCUGAUCCCGUUGGUUCCUUAAGGAUCCCCAGUCAGGACUAUACAGCUGUGUCUGAGCCCGUUGGUUCCUUAAGGAUCCCCAGUCAGGACUAUACAGCUGUGUCUGAGCCCGUUGGUUCCUUAAGGAUCCCCAGUCAGGACUAUACAGCUGUGUCUGAGCCCGUUGGUUCCUUAAGGAUCCCCAGUCAGGACUAUACAGCUGUGUCUGAUCCCGUUGGUUCCUUAAGGAUCCCCAGUCAGGACUAUACAGCUGUGUCUGAUCCCGUUGGUUCCUUAAGGAUCCCCAGUCAGGACUAUACAGCUGUGUCUGAGCCCGCUGGUUCCUUACGGAUCCCCAGUCAGGACUAUACAGCUGUGUCUGAUCCCGUUGGUUCCUUAAGGAUCCCCAGUCAGGACUAUACAGCUGUGUCUGAGCCCGUUGGUUCCUUAAGGAUCCCCAGUCAGGACUAUACAGCUGUGUCUGAGCCCGUUGGUUCCUUAAGGAUCCCCAGUCAGGACUAUACAGCUGUGUCUGAUCCCGUUGGUUCCUUAAGGAUCCCCAGUCAGGACUAUACAGCUGUGUCUGAUCCCGUUGGUUCCUUAAGGAUCCCCAGUCAGGACUAUACAGCUGUGUCUGAGCCCGUUGGUUCCUUAAGGAUCCCCAGUCAGGACUAUACAGCUGUGUCUGAUCCCGUUGGUUCCUUAAGGAUCCCCAGUCAGGACUAUACAGCUGUGUCUGAGCCCGUUGGUUCCUUAAGGAUCCCCAGUUAGGACUUUACAGCUGUGUCUGAGCCCGUUGGUUCCUUAAGGAUCCCCAGUCAGGACUAUACAGCUGUGUCUGAGCCCGUUGGUUCCUUAAGGAUCCCCAGUCAGGACUAUACAGCUGUGUCUGAGCCCGUUGGUUCCUUAAGGAUCCCCAGUUAGGACUAUACAGCUGUGUCUGAGCCCGUUGGUUCCUUAAGGAUCCCCAGUCAGGACUAUACAGCUGUGUCUGAGCCCGUUGGUUCCUUACGGAUCCACAGCUUUUUAUUUUUGCCGUCUUUUAUAUUAUUAUAUAGCUGUUUUAAUAACCAGACAGACGCUGGAAGAAUCUGCACAGAAAUGUAUUCAUAUAUGAUGGACUAGUUUUAUUGGUGAUAACGCAGACCUGCCAACAUGCAUUGUACCUACCAUAGGCUUCUAUUUGGCACAUUGUGGUUUUUGACUCAACCGGCUGAAAUUGGAGCUGAGCCAAUCAGAGGACUUGGCUGAGGAGAAAACAUCUCCAGCUCUCCUCCCCCCCCCCCUGUGUUCAUAGUAAUGUUUUCCUCACUCCAUCUUGAUAGCAGCUCUUCACUUUGUCUGUUCAUACCACUGAUGUGUGAGGGGGAAAAUGGAGAACCCACUGUUUGGCAAAUACAUUUUCCAUAAUUGUAAGUGUUAGUCAAGCACAUAACCACUAUUUAGCAGUUAGCUCCUUAGCUAAGGCGUCAUUACGACUAAGGUAGUUAGCUACAGUGUUUAGUCAACUAAGCGAGAACAAUUUCUCUGCAAUGGUAGUAGGCACAAGCACAUUGACGAGCAACAUGUGCUGUGUUGCAGUAGUUCAAUGUUACUGAGUGUUAUGCUAGUUCAGCGCUGCGCUAGUUCAGCGCUGCGCUAGUUCAGUGCGCGUCACUGUGAGGAUGGAAACAGACAUGGCAGAGAGCUGUUCUGCUAAUACCGCCCUUCAUUGAAAGUUAUGUUAAAGUGUUAAAGAUUAGCAGGCCUAUGUUAUUGAAUCAUUUGUGGAUCUGUCCUCUUCAAAUACCUAGUGGAUGAGGUCAGGGCCGGUGGAUGAGGUCAGGAGAUAGGGAUCUGGAACCAGCUCCUAUAGGCCUAGCCCAAUUUCUGUCAUAUUCCAUAUACCCUACAGUCAACUAGACUACUACAUUGCAUCCAUUAAUUUAAUUAUUUAGAAUUUUCUCCUCAAACAAAUUUAAGAAGAAGCUACUUUGCAUUUUCACUAGACGAUCCACCUUCAUUACCCCUCAAUUUAACCUAGAAAAAAAACACCUCAAUUUCAUUUAGCAUCAAACACAAUACUUCUGUGUUUACUACAAUGUUUGAUUUAAUUUAUAGCUCUAGCCUGAGGGGAAAGUCGACUGACCCAAUCUGGGCCUUCCCCUACACAACCUUAGUCCUACAUCCUCACCACCUUGGCAGAAAAUCCCAGGGAGAGCCCUGAUUGUACAUCUGACCGUAUUUCUAGUUAGCUACUGAAGACCAGCAAAUUACCAAGUACCAAUAGCAGUCUAUAGACUACCAUGCCUACUGAGGCAGUCUUCUACCAACAUCAUUUGGAUAAAAAAGGUGCCUAUGACAUGAGCAGUGUGGGUGUCGUUGCGCUGAAUUGGUACUCGUAAAACUUAUUCAAGGAUAAUGUGAGGAUUGUUUUUGUUCAUUUGAAAAUGAACCUGGUUAAAGGAGUGCACUGUGAAGGGAAUAGGGGGCCAUGUGGGACUCAGGCAGUGGGGAGCCUGGUGAUGCUACUGUAUAGAUGAUGGCUUCUCUCUUGUAGUAAUGCUAAUGAUAGGCUAGGGAUCAGUGGUAGUAAUGCUAAUGAUCAGUGGUAGUAAUGCUGUAAUGCUAAUGAUAGGCUAGGGAUCAGUGGUAGUAAUGCUAAUGAUGAUAGGCUAGGGAUCAGUGGUAGUAAUGCUAAUGAUAGGCUAGGGAUCAGUGGUAGUAAUGCUAAUGAUAGGCUAGGGAUCAGUGGUAGUAAUUCUGUAAUGCUAAUGAUAGGCUAGGGAUCAGUGGUAGUAAUGCUAUAAUGCUAAUGAUAGGCUAGGGAUCAGUGGUAAUAAUGCUGUAAUGCUAAUGAUAGGCCAGGGAUCAGUGGUAGUAAUGCUAUAAUGUGAAUGAUGAUAGGCCAGGGAUCAGUGGUAGUAAUGUUAUAAUGCUAAUGAUAGGCCAGGGAUCAGUGGUAGUAAUGCUAUAAUGCUAAUGAUAGGCUAGGGAUCAGUGGUAGUAACGCUGUAAUGCUAAUGAUAGGCCAGGGAUCAGUGCUCUUUCUGAGCUUCCUGCCUUCAAGUCGUCUAUUUAUUCACAAUUGAAGAGGUUGCAAAAUGUCCCUACAUUUUCCAGGUUUUUCAGAAAUCCCUGGGAGCCAGGUGGAGCUUGUUGUCAUGGUGAAGGAUGGUAGCAUAAAGUCUAGUGAUGCCACUGCUCAUGAGUCAGGAUUCCCAGCUCUGUUUGUGUGGUCUUGCCAACUCUGUCAUUAUCAUAAGACGAGGUCCGGACUACUGCUGCUUUUCUGUUCUACCUGUUUGGCGGAAUGAAUACACCCUUGGUGUCCCAGGUCGAAAUGAGUCCCUAACUAGAGGGGAAGAAUGAUACAUAGCAGUUCAACUGGCUUUGAGGUCCAGAUUUCAAUUUGAGGGACAUGGGCGUUAUGACAAGACGGCACAAACAGAUCUGGGAUUCAGGUUUACCUUGGUGUCAAUGGGAACAAGUAAUCGCACAUACAUAACCACUAUCUGGAGAGACCAGACUACAGCUAGACUGCCUAACAGACUGUCUUAUAAGACUGAUUCAAUCAUACAUUUCUGCUUUUGUUUUGUUUUUAAACAUGCUCUAUGCCAGGAUUAGGAUCAAUUCCAGUCCAUUCAGGAAUUACACUGAAAUUCCAAUUAUCUUCAACGAGGAACAUUUGGAAUUGGAAUUUGGGUUUACUUUCUGAAUUAAAAUGGAAAUGGCCCAACGCUGAUGGUAACCCUGAGACAUGGCUGUAGGCUCCUUUUAUGUUGCAAGUUGUGAGUGAGUAGUGUUUCAGUGCCUUUAUGGUAGAAUGUCAUGUUGGUUGGGAGUUUUCAGAAACCACCUCCCCUUCUCUUCAAGCCUGGCCGGCUCACCUAGCUCUCUGGAUUAGUGGACCCAAGGAUCUAAACAGGAUCAUUGGGACGUCCAACUCUGUCAGCCCUUUGAAGGGGACAUUUCAAACAGUUAGGGAUAAGGGUUAACUGUUAGUGGACAGGAUUGGUUCAUGGCCUUAGAAGUUGAUCAGGCUGGUUGGCAGGUUCCCUCCAAGUGACUCAACACACCACAGUCUACAGACUUAGAUCAGCUGCAGGUGUGGAUAAGAGGGAGCCACUGUCUAUUUACUUAAUGAAGCCUAGUAUCCCACUUCACAUAAAGUGUGUCUCAUUGAGCUUAAAACACACCCCCUAUCAAAUUGAGAGCACUACAAAUAAGUCUCUGCUACUUCCAUGUAUUAAAAGGGAUUCUUCUGGAUGUUGGCAACAAGGCCCUUUAACUACUGACCCAGAGUCAGAUGAAGCCCUUUUAUCUACUGACCCAGAGUCAGAUGAAGCCCUUUUAUCUACUGACCCAGUCAGAUGAAGCCCUUUAACUACUGACCCAGAGUCAGAUGAGGCCCUUUAACUACUGACCUAGAGUCAGAUGAGGCCCUUUAUGUACUGACCCAGAGAUGAACUCGUGGAUAAACAUUUUAUGUCUCUGUGUCCAGAGGAAGUUAGCCAAUGCGAAGUCGCAUUAGUGCAAUGACUGGAAGUCCACAGGAACAACUAGCAUGCUAGCCCUGCUGAACACAGCCCUGCUGAACACAGCCCUGCUUUAGGUUGUAGUCCCUGGCUGCAUCCCAAAUGGCACCCUAUUCCUUAUAUGGCGCACUACUUUGGACCUGGGCCCAUAGGGGAAUAGAGUGACCCUGGGCCCGUAGGGGAAUAGAGUGACCCUGGGCCCGUAGGGGAAUAGAGUGACCCUGGGCCCGUAGGUGAAUAGAGUGACCCUGGGCCCGUAGGGGAAUAGAGUGACCCUGGGCCCGUAGGGGAAUAGAGUGACCCUGGGCCCGUAGGGGAAUAGAGUGACCCUGGGCCCGUAGGGGAAUAGAGUGACCCUGGGCCCGUAGGGGAAUAGAGUGACCCUGGGCCCGUAGGGGAAUAGAGUGACCCUGGGCCAGUAGGGGAAUAGAGUGACCCUGGGCCCAUAGUAGUGCACUAUAUAGAGAAAGGAUGACCCAGUCUGUGUCUGUCAGGCUUGCAGUGCCAAUGAGGAGGUUACAGAGGUCAUCAUCUCCAAUUAGCCUUGUCUGCUCUGUCUGUAUCCCCUUACUGUUAUGUCAUUCAUUACAUCACCGAUCACUUUAUGCCUCGGCUCCACUGUUUUAUUUUUCAUUCGCGCUGUACUGUGAUUUGUAUUUUUUUAAUAAUUAAACUGUUAUCUCUGUCCACUACUUACAAUUGAAAAGUGCAAAUAAAUACAAUUAACUAUUA